AUGUUGAAAGGCUUGAUUAUUUUGCUCCUCACUUUUACAAGUAGUGUGGUAAGAGGUUUAACACGAUAUGACAACAACACAUGUUUUGACACGACAACAAGAGAAUAUGUUUGCUGUUCAAACUAUGAAGAUAUCAACGAUAACUGUAUCAAAUGCGAAUUAGGAUUUAGGUCGAGAAAGGGUAAUUUCUGUGAACCCUGCCCAUUUCAUUUUUAUGGUGAAGGCUGUGCGUAUAUAUGUAUGUGCAACGUUACACAAGGAUGUGACAAUGUUCAAGGGUGUAUAGAGAAAUAUGUAGAGACUACAAGUACACGUAUGUCAAUUUUUAUGUAUUUUACAACUAAGAGAAACUGCACUACUUAUUUAUUGCAUACCAAAAACUGUAAUAUGGGAAGAUUGUUUGAUACCUUUAUUUAUGUUAUCAAAACUUCAUAGACAUUGAUAACAGUAUACAUUAAUGCUAUAAGAUUUAAAAUAUAUUUUAAACAAUGUUGAUAUUUUAUAAUAAAAGUCACCAAAAACAAUUUGCAGUUUGAAUGUUUGAUUCUAGAUGUUAUCAGUAUGAUGAAACCUGUAAGAGGAGCGAAAGUUACCAAAGGGAUAUUCAAACUCAUAAAUCGAAAAUAAACUGACAACAUCAUGUCUAAAAAAGAAAAAAAAAGACAAACAGACAAA